CUAACGUUUUCAUCAUGCGUAAACAAACUGCUGACUAACUUUGUUAAAAGGGAACAAGAAAUUUAACGACUGUUUAAAACAGUCGUGUGUCAAAACUGUCCUACUCUUGUAUACUCGCAUGCGAUAUUUUGGGCGAAAGGAGAUGGAUGACUAUGAUACGUGACUGCAAAGUAUAUUAGUUACGAUAUAUUAGACGUAAUUUUUUUCGGAUUUUUAAAUACGUCUUUACGCAUACCUCGAAGAUAACCAAUAUGUCAGAUGUUAAAAGUCUCGAGCAUCCAACAUUAAAGGUUCCUUAUGAACUCCUCAAUAAAAAAUUUCGUUCUGCACAAAAAACCUUAGAUAGGGAAGUCUCGCAUGUACAAGCAGCAGCUAAUGAAUUGUUAAAGGGUGAUGGAGCAGGUGUUCCUGCUGGAGAAAUAAGCAGACUACUGGGAGGAGUUGUAGCUAGGCUUCAGGUUCUGAAGAGAAAAGCAGAGGAGUCUAUAGCAGAGGAAUUACAAGCAGGAAUGGUCUGCAAAAGACGAUUAGACCAUUUAAAGGAACAUGCUAAUACCGCACCGAGUGUUGUAAAUCAAUGGCGGCGACAGAGACUCGAUAGAAUGUUGGUAGAAUAUUUCCUUCGUAAAGGCUAUUACAAAACUGCCACCAAGUUGGCAGACAGUAGCGAGCUUAGGGAUUUAACAAACAUAGACGUUUUUAUGGUAUCCAGAGAGGUCGAAAAGUCUUUGGCAAAUCAUGAGACUGCAAGAUGCGUUGGGUGGUGCCAUGAUAAUCGAUCUAAAUUAAGGAAAUUAGGAAGUACUAUGGAAUUCAAUUUGAGAGUACAGGAGUUUAUAGAAUUAGUGAGAGCCGAUAGAAGACUCGAUGCCGUUAAGCAUGCCCGAAAAUGUUUUGCUAAUUAUGAUGAUUAUCAGUUGCAAGAAAUUCAGUGUUGCAUGGGACAGUUAGCUUUUCCAGCUAAUACAUCUCUCAGCCCGUAUAAAGAUUUACUAGACGAGAAACGGUGGGAUAGAUUAAUAGAACAGUUCAGACAUGAAAAUUAUAGACUUUUCCAAUUGGCAAGUCAAAGUGUCUUUACUGUGGCCCUACAAGCAGGUCUGUCAGCAUUAAAGACACCUCAGUGUUACAGUGCAAAUAAAGAAGGCAGAAAUCCAAACUGUCCAGUAUGUAAUGAAGCACUUAACGAAUUAGCUUCUCCACUGCCUUUCGCUCAUUGUUCGCAGUCCAGGCUCGUUUGUAGUAUUAGCGGUAAACCAUUAAACGAGUAUAAUCAACCAAUGAUGAUGCCAAACGGAUACGUGUACGGGGAGCAAGCGUUGGAGAAAAUGGCUCAAGAAAAUAAUGGUACUGUGAUUUGUCCAAAAACCAAAGAAGUGUUUCCGUAUAAAAAAAUAGAGAAAGUUUAUGUUAUGUAAAAUUAUCUGAUUUAAACACAACUUGUACUAUGUACAGUGCAUCCUUAUUUUAUUCUAACUCUAAAUAUUUACUGUUUAAUACCGUGUACCAAUAUUAACAAAGGGAAUAACAUCUAUUUUUAAGGAAAUAUUGUUUUUGUAAAUUUUAUUUGUGAUUACCUUCUAGAAUAAAAUACAGAGCUACGCGGGCAGAUUAUGUGUGUAA